GGCGGAGGCGGCGGCGGGCGGCUGAGCGGCGAGGGGAGACUUACAAGAGAAGGUGUUUCAGCUGGACCCCCAAGGAUGAGCGCGAUAGUUUCGGACAGAGGGACAGCUUGAACGGAACCCCAGAGAUGUCUAGGCCGAGGGGAUCUGGCAGCGGAGCACGAGGACCAGACGCCCCAGCGAUGACCAGUUCCCCGGUCUCCAGGGUCGUCUACAACGGCAAGAGGAACAGUAGCCCCCGCUCCCCCCCCAACAGCAGCGAGAUCUUCACCCCGGCCCACGAGGAGAAUGUGCGCUUCAUUUAUGAAGCCUGGCAGGGCGUGGAGCGGGACUUGCGGAGCCAGGUGGCGGGCAGCGCGGGCCUGGUGGAGGAGUACGUGGAGAAGGUCCCUAACCCCAGCCUGAAGACCUUCAAGCCCAUCGUGAGUGACCUGAAGCGCCGGAACACGCAGGACGCCAAGAAGUCCUAAAGCUGGGCGCCUCCCCUGGCCUCGGGAGAUCCGUGCGGCCUGAUGUUGGCCUCCUCUCCUGGGGGUGGGGUGGGCAGGGGGCCAUGCUUCCAGUGGGCCGCAAACCCCAGGACCAGGAGGCGUGAUGAUUGGCCAAGGCCUGCCCCUCCUCCCGAAUCCCCUCCUUUCAUCUGGCCAGUCUCUAGCUGCUCCUGUCGCUGAGAGGGUCUGGCCCUACGUUCCCGGCGUUCUCUGGGGCCUGUCUGUGUCUCUGGAGCCCCCUGGCCCCGCCUGCCCCCCCCAGGGCCUUGACCCUGACUCUGCUCCCCUCCAUCACUUCUACUGCCCCACUCCAGCCACCUCAGGAUCAGGAUGGAGGCCAGGGGGCCUUUCUUGUCUCCUAGUCCUGCGGGACUGGGCCAGGUUUGUCCCCGGGGUGGCCAGGAGGCAGGACAAGGGCAGCACCACCCACAGGCAGCGUGGGACUGCCAUUACUGCUGCUUUGGCAUGGACACACUGGGGAGGGAAUAGUCCCCUACCACUGUCCAGCCUGGCCCCUCCCUCCCUGCGAUAGCUUCCGGAUGGCACGAGCUCUCUGGGCCUGGGACACCACACGCCCCUCACAGGGUCCUGGGCGACCAGGCCUGGCCCCUGGUGUCUGCGGCCCUGUGGCCACAGCAGCCCCCUUGGGCUGGCUUUGAGGUUGCCUGGUGGGUCCUGGCUCUGUGCAGUGUGCUGGGACGUCAGCAGGGCCCCCUUUUCUUCCUGUGCUCUCCACAAGUGUCUGCGGUGAGCCUGAGGACCAGUGAAUAAAGGCGGGCGGCACUGCA